AUGUUGCCUAGCAUGUUAAAGAUCCUCAUCGGCCUGGCUGCGGUGGCGGCAGCAACGCCAACUGCAUACAAUGCUCGACCGUACUCACAGGUAGCCAAAAGACAAGCCUCAUAUGGCAGCAGCAGCAGCAAGCUCACCGUCGACCUUGGUUACAGCGUCUACGAGGGCUUCACGAACACUUCCGCCGGCCUCGACAAUUAUUAUGGGUACGCUAUACUUGAUUGUCGUGUUGACAAGAGACACAGCAUACGAUUUGCGUCGGCCCCGACAGGUAAUCUGAGAUUCCAAGCACCAAUAGCACCAGAGUUAAACCGCUCGGCAACUAUCACAGCAACGCAGUAUGGUGCAAUUUGUGCCCAGAGUCCGUCAUCCGGUGCAGCCGGUUUCCGGCCCCAGAGCCAGGUCAAUGCAAGCGAGGACUGCUUGUUCCUUGGAGCAUUAGGGUUCGUCUCAUCCGACGAGGUCUUCCGCAAGGGCGCUGUCAACGCCGGUAUUCUUGACCAACAUCUCGCGCUACAAUGGGUCCAGCAGUAUAUCCAUCUGUUCAACGGCGACCCAGCCAAAGUGACGAUCAGCGGCGAAAGUGCUGGUGCUGGCAGUGUCAUGCUCCAGGACAUGGCUUACGGUGGCUCACUCGGCACGCAGCUCUUUCAGAACAGCGUUGUGGCGAGCCCAUAUUUGCCUAUGCAGUACGGCUAUAAAGACUGGGAGCCAUCUCAAGCAUACUAUGCCUUUGCGACUGCAGCAGGUUGUGCACCGACGACCGCGUAUGGUGCAAACCAUACCACUCCUAUUUUCGAAUGCUUGGUCAGCAAAGAUUCUGCUACGGUCAUCAACGCUAGCGCUACGGUAUCGCAGCUGGUGUCCUAUGGUACGUGGGCCUUCCUGCCAGUCACAGAUGGUGUCUUCAUCCAGGAUCUUCCUAGUCGACAGCUUGGUCGUGGUCAAGUGAACGGUCUGCGCAUUCUUUCGGGCAACAAUGCCAAUGAGGGCGUGGGUUUCACCCCUCAGACCAUAAAAACGGAGGAUGAUCUAGUUGCUUACCUUCGAGGACUCCUUCCGCUCUUCUCGGACAAUGACAUCGCAAAAGUGCUGUUGUACUACCCUUCGACCAAUGCUUCUGUUAGUUCUUCGAACCCAACGUUCGCCACUACUGGCGACUCAGGUCCCACGGCACUCAAUCAAAGCUCCGUCGGUACAGGACAACAGCAACGAGCAGACAACAUAUACGCCGAGACAACAUUCGUAUGCCCAUCGUAUUGGUUGGCCGAAGCUUACGGUAGCAGCAAGAGUGGUGGGGAGGCAUGGAAGUACCAGUUCUCGAUUCCUCCUGCUUACCAUGGUGGAGAUGUCUCAGGAUACUUCAACUACCCAGGGCAAACCUACGACGUUGACUUCACCACGGCAUUCCAGAAGAUCUGGGGCAACUUCAUAACAUCCGAUAACCCAUCGAUCUCGAACGCUAUCGCCAAUGGUAUCACGACUUCGAAUGUGUCUAUCAACAGCGCAAGUGACUGGCCGCCAUAUGCUAUUUACUCACCAUAUCAGCUCGAUCUUAACACCACAUGUCCCGGUAUUGUGAACGGUAUCUGUGGCGGGGCCAACGCUACAAACACGAUCAGGUUGGCCAAUGCAUACACAUGGGAGGGUGGCAGAGGCAUGAGAUGUGACUUCUGGAAGUCCGUUGGCGAGAUCGUCCCUGAGUAG